UCCCACGAACCAAGUUUAAAUCUUCAGUUUGAAAAGUCAAAACGAGCGGCAUUGCUAGAUUCACCUCCCACUAAUCACGUUACUAGUUUACUUAUUACACAAACCUUCUUGGUCUCCACAACUUUUUGUAUUUGUUUUCUAUUAAUUUUCGUUAGGUACUUGGGUUGGUGAAACAUGCGGGGAAUGAGAAGAGGUGAGGUUGAUUUGGCUAAUGAUGUGUUGUCAACGACGACGUGCUUCCCUCUACAUCAUGUUUCUUCUCUUGCCUGUAUAUUACAACUUCCUUUCUCUUCCUUCUCCUCCCACGUCUCUCUCUAGAUCUUCAUCUCUCUUUCCUCUUGCUUUUAAUCUCAACAAUGGCCACGGGGAAGCCACUGCCAAAGUUUGGUGAAUGGGAUGUGAACAACCCUGCAUCCGCCGAAGGAUUCACUGUCAUUUUCAGCAAAGCUAGUGACGAGAAGAAGACCAAGAAAGCAUCCGGCAGCGCAGGCCCUAGUACUCUGGUUUCACCUCAGAACACCGAUCAAAACAACCACCAAGAUUCUCAAAACCCAAAAGCUAAGAAGAAAUGGCUUUGCUUUUGAGGAUUAUGGAGCUGAAGAAGUUAGCAGAGAGAUCUCAAACAAGUGAAACAAGAUGUCUUCGGAGUUCACAAACCAUAUCUUACAUCUCGGCUUGCUUCUUCUUCUUUUGUCUUCUGCUGAUAUUAUACUUGUUCACUAUACCUUUUGUUUCUUCUUUUUCCCACAAUGGAUAUACGAGAAUACAUUUGUCUCCUGAAUCCCCCAUAAGAACUUGUUUUUUUUUUCAUGA